AUGAAGCAACUGCAGAAAGAUGCUGAACUGUCCUUGGCAGAAAAUGACAUGAAGUGGAGGCAGCGUGCAAAGCAGCAUUGGCUCAUAAAUGGAGAUAGAAAUACAACCUAUUUCCAUAUGCAGGCAAACCAAAGAAGGAAGACCAAUGCCAUCACAGCCAUAGAGGAUGGUAGUGGUAGAACUGCCUCUGAUCAAAGGGAGAUACGUGACAUUUUCACAGGUUCUUUUUCUUCUCUUUUCAGCUCUUCAAUGCCUAUUAACAUUGAUACAUGCCUCAAUGUCCUUGAGCCAAGAAUUACUCAAGCAAUGGGGGAGGGGUUAGUCCAACCUUUUACUAUGGAUGAAGUCAAAAAAGCCACUUUCCAAAUGAAUCCAUUAGGAUCUCCUGGUCCUGAUGGAUUUCCAGCUCAGUUCUACCAAAAACACUGGGAGUUAGUGGGUAGAGAAGUGAGUGAAUUUGCCCUGGGUGUUCUGAACCAUGGAGGCUUUCUGGAUAAGAUCAAUGAUACCUAUAUUGCCUUAAUUCCAAAAGUUAAAAAUCCAAAGAGAGUAACAGACUUCAGACCCAUUAACCUGUGUAAUGUCCUCCUACGAAGCUCUCCAUUCAAUGACAACAAGGAUAAAAUGAAAGAAAGGUUUCAUGGCACUCAAGUUGGAUAUGAGCAAAGUAUACGAUAUGGUGGAGUGGGUUUUUGUGGAAGCUGUGAUGACAAGAAUUGGUUUUCCUCCUCAAUGGGUAAAUCUGGUCCAGAGAUGUAUCAACUCAGUGUCCUACGCAAUUCUGGUGAAUGGGGAACCUCAACAGAGAUUCACCCCUACAAGAGAGAUCGGGGAAAUUACCAGUGCUCCAUAGGAAGAGGUCCAAUCAAACUGAGCCAUCUGUUCUUUGUAGAUGACAGCCUGUUAUUUUGUCAAGCAUCACCAAAAGAGCUUAUUAAAGUGAUAGAGAUUUUGGACAUUUAUGAACAAGCCUCGGGUCAAGUGCUCAACAAGGACAAGUCAUCAGUCUUUUUCAACAAGAACACUAUGAAAGAGGGACAGGACUUGAUACUACAGCUAGCAGGCAUAAAAUCUAAUGGAUCUUUUGAAAAGUAUCUAGGCCUUCCUGCAGUUUUAGGAAGAGCUAAAGUAGCAGCUUUCCAUUCACUCAUAGAUAGAACCUGGUCCUUAGUAGUGAACUGGAAAACCAACCACCUGUCUUCAGCAGGGAAAGAGGUCCUACUAAAGGCAGUGCUCCAAGCUAUUCCUACUUACUCAAUGGGGAUGUUCCUAUUGCCACAUUCCAUCACUCAAAAGCUUAAUCAACUCUUCAGGAAAUUCUGGGAUUUCAGAAUGUUCAAUCUAGCAAUGCUAGCAAAGCAAAGUUGGAGGAUGAUACAAGACCCCAACUCCCUUGCCUCGUGUGUUAUGAAACAGAAGUACUAUCCCACAGGAAACCUCCUAAAGGCAAAACUAGGUUCGAGCCCCUCAUAUGUGUGGAGAAGUAUGAUGGCUGGCCUAUCAAUUCUCAAGUCUGGACUUAGAUGGAGAGUGGGAAAUGGCAACAGCAUCAACUUAUGGUCUGACAAGUGGAUUCCAUCUCUCCCUCCCUUUACAGUUACUUCUCCAAGAGAUGUGGACUGUUGGUGUGAAAGAGUGAGUGAUCUAAUUGAUCCUAGACAGAGAAGCUGGAAAAAAGAGCUAUUGGUAGAAAUGUUUUUAGUAACAGAGAUCCAGGCCAUAUGA